AAAAUUGUCUAUAGAGGGUAAUACUGACUAGUAAAAAUUUGACAAAUUCCUAUAAGAAAAAAAAACUCUUCGGAAAUGGCUAAUCGUAAGUUAAGUUCGCGGCAAGUUUUGCAUAUAAAUUUCAAGUGAAAAAUAAUUCCCUGGAGUGUGAUAAAUUUGUUCAUGACACAUCCAUGGCUAGCCCUUGCACUCGUCCUCGCCUCCUGUCCGUGGAUGUGGGCGCAACGCGAUUCCGUGUGCCAAGAGCGAGUGCGGACAAAAUCGGGAAACUUGGAUAAACAAAGUUGGAUGCUGCGCAAGGUCUGCUGCAAGGGCUAUGUGGGCAGGCCGGGAAACUGCCGACCCCGCUGCUCGCCCAAAUGUGUGCACGCCCAGUGCACCGCCCCCCAGCAGUGCACCUGCAACGAGGGCUACGAAACGGUAGACAGCACCACGGGCUGCCAGCCCAAAUGCAAUGCCUGCCGCUUUGGGGAUUGCCUGACGCCCGGCAACUGCCGCUGUUGGCCUUCCUUUGAAAAGCAGCCGAUUGUUGGGUGCGAGCCUGUGCAGCACCUGAUUUUGCCGGCGGAGAAGUGUCUGAGGGAGAAUUGCAGCUGCUGGCAGAAGUACUUCAGCUGGACACCAAAGCUCGCUGUGACGCCCAAGUGCAUCACGAUCUGCCGAGAGGGACAGCCGAAACCUUGCCUGGCAUUGGAACAAUGCGUAUGCAAUAGCCUCAAUCAUCUUCUGAUUUGCGAGGAGCCGGAGCAUGAGUUGCCCCAGCAAUAUGGCUGUCAGGUGAUCAAGAAGGCGCCAAAUGCCUAUAGGAAAAAGCACAGGGUUAAGCAUAUAGAUGGAACGGUAUCAAGAGAUCGUACAGAUCGGGCAGAUCCGGCAACUAAGAUAUUUCCAGUUUGGACUCAUCAUUAUAAUCUAACAGAUGACGAAACAGAGAUAACCCAGGCAUAUCGAAAAGUUCAGUCAGAUCGGCGAGACAGAAUGCAUCAUAUAGUAGAUCGAAAAGAUCAGGCAAAUCGGCCCCAUAUUCCAAGUCAAACAGAUCAUCGCCCAGAUCGGUUGGAUAGGUUAGACAGAAGACAUCGGAAAUAUCAGUUAGAACGGACACAUUUGCCAAUCGAGAAUGUGGAUAGAUACCACACAUACGAUUCAGAACAUACAGAUUCCAUAUAUCAGACAGAUCCGCCAGUGCAGACUUUUCGUUUAUUUGGAAAAAAUAAAAAAAAUCAAACAAACCAACCAGAUCCAACAGAUCAGGUAAUUGAUUCAGAUUGGCCACCUCAGGCGGAUGCAAAUGACGAGGAUCAUACCGAAAAUAUAUAUAGAAAAAAACCGAAAAGUAGGGAAUACGAGACAGAUCAAUUAGAUAAACCGAUCAAACGUAGGAAAGAUCAUGCAAAACGAAGAAAACAGAAACCAAUUUUAUUUGAGGCAGAUCAAUCAGAUCAGACAGCUCCAGUAAAUCAGUCAGAUCAAACGACUGAAGCAGUUCCAGUACAACACAAGUCGGAUUAUCGAAAUAUGAACAAAGCCGAACAGGCGAGUCUCGUAAAAUGGCUCAUCAUUUUGGGCUGCCUUAUAAUCGGAGUUAUUGUUACUGUCAGUUUGUUGGCUUUAUGUUUCAAAAUGCACGGUCCCCUCGACAUGCAUGAACGAAAUUGUAUGUAGGUAAUACCUAGGGUACAGAUGUAGCAUAAGAAAAUUAACUGAGUUUCAGUUCUCUGCUUCCUUCGACUUUAUAAAUCUUAAAUAAAGUUGUAGGGAGCAGGGAAAUGAAUUUCUUAUAUUUAAGUAAAGAUGGCGGACCUUAAGACUUCUUUAGACCUUCUUCUCAGUUCUUUCAUUUACACUCCACAUUUACAUGAUCCUAAAACUAAGGUAAAAUUAAUAAAGAAAUUCUUGGAUAACCUCA